GAUGUAGCGGGGGAGGGGGCGGGGCUCUACAUAACCCGGAUGAGGCUUAGCUCCCGGGGUCUGUAGCUGGAGCGGAGGAAAAGCAGGAUCAGCUGCAGAAGUUCUCAGCUUCCAGUAAGACCAAAACAGAAUCAAGAUUGUCUGUCUAAACAGUGGGCAGUCCUUAUAAAGGCAGUAAACAGAUGUCAGACUGAUUAUUGUGAGUGACAAAAGGUGGCCUUCUUCCAGUGGCAGGAGGACCACCAACACCCCCUUACACUAUGGACUUCGACUGGGAUAAAAGUACAGAAGCUUUUAUGAAAUGAAAAUAUUCUCCUGAAAUUCAUCACCAACAACCAGGAACGACAAAGAGCAAUGUUAAACUGCUGAAAGAGGUGAAGCAAAAGCCGUCCAGAAGAAUCUCCAGAACACACAGAAAUUGUUUGAUACAUUUAACAGACAAAUGAAGCCAAGUCCCAACAUGGAGAAACAUCAGCACUCUGCCAAGAGUUUUACUAAACAGAGUACUCUCAAAAACCACCAGCGCAUUCACACAGGAGAUAAACGAUAUUACUGCUUAGACUGUGGAAAGAGUUUUACUAAACAGAGUACUCUCAAAGUACACCAGCGCAUUCACACAGGAGAUAAACCGUAUCACUGCUCAGACUGUGGGAGGAGUUUUACUAAACAGAGUACUCUUAAAAAACACCAGCGCAUUCACACAGGAGAGAAACCGUAUCACUGCUCAGAUUGUGGGAGGAGUUUCACUCAACAGAGUAGUCUCAAAAACCACCAGCACAUUCACACAGGAGAGAAACCGUAUUACUGCUCAGACUGUGGGAAGAGUUUUAAUACACAGAGUAAUCUAAAAAAACACCAGCGCAUUCACACAGGAGAGAAACCGUAUUACUGCUCAGACUGUUGGAGGAGUUUUUCUGAACAGAGUAAUCUAAAAAAACACCAGCGCAUUCACACAGGAGAGAAACCGUAUUACUGCUCAGACUGUGGAAAGAGUUUUACUAGACAGAGUGAUCUCAAAAUACACCAGCGCAUUCACACAGGAGAGAAACCGUAUCACUGCUCAGACUGUGGAAAGAGUUUUAAUCAACAGAGUCAUCUCAAAAAACACCAGCGCAUUCACACAGGAGAGAAACCAUAUCAUUGCUCAGACUGUGGGAGGAGUUUUACUAAAAAGAGUAAUCUCAAAAACCAACAGCGGAUGCACACAGGAGAGAAACCGAAUCACUGCUCAGACUGUGGGAAAAGUUUUAAUCAAAAGAGUGUUCUUCAAAAUCACCAGCGCAUUCACAAAGGAGAGAAACCGUAUUACUGUUCAGACUGUGGGAAGAGUUUUACUACAAAGAGUAAUCUCAAAAAACACCAGCGCAUUCACAAAUGAUAGAAAACUAUCCCAAAUCUGUUUCAAUUAAAAGUGCGAAUCGUAAUCCUUUCAGACGGAACACCUUAUCUUACACAAAUGUUUAACUUAAUCACUUGGGACACGUUCCACCAGAAAACUGAAUUUAACAAUGGGUUUUACAGGUUCUGCAAAAUGAAUCUUAUCCAGAGAUGAUGUUUAUUGAAUUCCAUGUUAUGUUUUCUCGUAUGUUAGAUGUUCCAGGACAUUCUUUGUGAGACACAGCUCAGUGCUUAGGGUAGUUACUGUAGUAGUUCAGUUCUGAAGAAGGGAAAAAACUUAGUCUGUAAAAUUUAGAUGUCAUAGUUGUUAGGAGUAGAGGAGGAUUAUUAGCUUGCAACUAAAUGUUUAGGACCAAAUAUUCUUAUGAUUUGCUUAUGAUUUAAAUGCUUUUAAUUUAUUUACUAGUAUAUGCAGAUUUGAUUAUUUCUAUUAAUUUCUAGUAUCUCUGUUUUCACUCUGUGGAAGCCGUCCUCAGUUCCCCUUAGCAUAGCUUAGCUUAAUGCUAUUAACCACUAGGCCCAUCUGUAUGAAAGAAGAAGUGAAAACACCACCUGAGGAAUUCCAGAGAGAGUGCUCCCAAAAGUGAGACCCAGAUCCACAAAGAGACGACACUGUGCCAGGUACUGCUGUGUGGACCGGAGGAGCAUCCAGACCCCGCAGAGAGGCCAACAAAAUCCUUUACAGAGGUUAAAUAAAACGCUCCAGCUGUAGUUCCCAUACUGAAAUCAACCCCCUCCAGACUUGUCUAGUGCAGUAAGGUUGCAGGCUCAUUCAUUCCCUCUGCUGCUGUUCUUGUUGGUCUAUGGUUCAGUCGUUCUGGUUAAAAAUCUGUUACCAUAGAAGCAUAUUUGGUUGUGUUGUAUUACUCAAGUUUUAUACUCUCUUGUCUUUUUCUUAUUGAAUAUUAUAUGUUGCUGAAGGUUUUUUAAUCUCCAAAUUUAUUAAGAAUGUCCAAAUCAUUUAGUUUCUUAAUUGUUUUUAUCCUCUACAAACUAUUAUCUUUUUAUUGUUUCACCUCUUUUAUUAAACUACUUUUAGAUUGCAGAUCUGCAAUCUCAUUGUGUUUUCUCAACAUAAGUUUGACAUGAAACCUAUAGGCCUGAGAUUGUCUUCUGUUAUUACUUGUUAAAUACUCAAAGGCGCCCAACGGAGAAAUCCAGUGUGAAAUGGAUUUUUGUUGAAGUGAAACAUAAUAGUCAAUUUAAGAUUGAAAUUCAUUCCAUUUAAUGGUUCAGGCUUAAAAAAUAUACAAUUACUUCCAAAGGUAGAGUAACAUGUGUUUAACUUGUAUUCAUAUGUUUAUAAAAUUCUUUAUUGUGA